GGUCGGCUCCAGCGGAAACGAGCGGGCCGGCUGGCCGCCCUCCUGCAGGGGGGGGCUGCCGGCGAGGGGGCAAGAUGGCGGCGGUGGUGGAAGUGGAAGUUGGGGGCCCCCUGGAGCACGACGUGGAGGAGGUUGACCUGUCCCACUUGGCUCCAGAAGAGCGAUGGAGGGUCGAGCAUGCUCGGAUGCACGCCAAGCACCGUGGCCACGAGGCCAUGCACGCCGAGAUGGUCCUCAUCCUGAUCGCCACGCUGGUGGUGGCCCAGCUCCUCCUGGUGCAGUGGAAGCAGAGGCACCCCCGCUCCUACAACAUGGUGACCCUUUUUCAGAUGUGGGUUGUCCCCCUCUACUUCACAGUUAAGCUGCACUGGUGGCGGUUCCUGGUAAUCUGGAUCUUCUUUUCAGCCGUCACGGCCUUUAUCACAUUCAGGGCUACUCGGAAGCCUCUUGUCCAAACAACUCCCAGGUUAGUUUACAAGUGGUUUCUGCUCAUCUACAAGAUCAGCUACGCCACAGGAAUUGUGGGCUACAUGGCUGUGAUGUUCACACUCUUUGGACUUAACUUGUUAUUCAGAAUCAAGCCAGAAGAUGGAAUGGAUUUUGGGAUUUCUCUCCUAUUCUAUGGCCUCUAUUAUGGAGUUCUGGAGCGGGACUUUGCUGAAAUGUGUGCUGAUUACAUGGCCUCCACCAUUGGGUUCUACAGUGCAUCCGGCAUGCCCACGAAGCACCUCUCGGACAGUGUCUGCGCAGUGUGCGGCCAGCAAAUCUUUGUGGAUGUCAACGAAGAAGGCAUCAUAGAGAAUACCUACAGACUGUCCUGCAAUCAUGUCUUCCAUGAGUUCUGUAUCCGUGGAUGGUGCAUCGUCGGGAAGAAGCAGACCUGCCCCUACUGCAAAGAGAAGGUGGACUUGAAGCGGAUGUUCAGCAACCCCUGGGAACGGCCCCACGUCAUGUACGGGCAGCUUCUGGACUGGCUGCGCUACCUCGUGGCCUGGCAGCCGGUCAUCAUCGGACUGGUGCAAGGGAUUAACUACAUCCUAGGACUGGAGUAACCCCACCUCCACCCCGCCUGGGCCUGGGGGAGCUGCGCUGGGCUGGGCAGCAGAGGACGGUGGCGGCUUCGAGACCCAGAGGAGAUGCGCCUUUCCUCACUCGCCACUCAGGACUGCGGCCCCUCGCCUGACGCUGUUCUGCCCGCUCGACCGGAAGGGACUCUGCUGCAGGAGGAGGCGGCUGCUGCCCCGGCAGACGUGUGCCGCCCCGGGGGGCGGGGGGGGGAGGAGAGUCCUUUUUUAAAAAACCAUCAAUUUACUGAG